GUAGGACAAAAGUAGCCGGCAAACUGCAUCACUCUUCGCCGCAGAGGUUUGACUACAGUCACAAGAAACAGAAAAAGUUUUACAGCUGACAACGCUCCUGAAGCCGUCGGAGUAGCGACCUGCAAACUGAUCCCAGUCCUGAUCUGAGCGAGUGGCUGUGCUGACAGAGAGAGGGAGGCGGGUUACCACUGUCAAGUUGCGAAAAGGUGUCUCCAGACUUCAGACAUUACUCCCGCAGGAAGUGGGAUAUGGCAGUGUGCGCCUGGGAAGGGUGUGUCUCUGCUCCAGCUUCUAGACUUGCGGAAAAUCACAAUGGCUGACCGUUUUGACUGUGACAACUGCAAAGAAUCCCUGUAUGGACGCAAGUACAUCCAGUCAGAUGAAAGUCCCUACUGCAUCCCCUGUUACGACAGCCUGUUCUCAAAUACAUGUGAUGAGUGCAAAGAACUGAUUGGCCACGAUGCGAGGGAGCUCUUUUAUGAGGACCGGCAUUAUCAUGAGCACUGUUUCCGCUGUUUCCGCUGCGAUCGCUCACUGGCAGAUGAACCCUUCACCAGCCAGGAUGACGCGUUGCUCUGCAAUGACUGCUACUGUAAUGAGUUCUCCUCCAAGUGUGUAGCCUGUGACAAGAUCGUGAUGCCAGGUACAAGGAAGUUGGAGUAUGCAGGCUCUACAUGGCACGAGGGCUGCUUCAUCUGUCACAGCUGCGAGCAGCCAAUUGGUUCAAAGUCCUUUAUCCCUGACAAAGAUGAGCACUACUGUGUGCCCUGCUAUGAGGACAAGUUUGCGCCACGCUGCACACGCUGUAAAAAGACCCUGGCUAAAGGUGGUGUGACCUAUCGGGAUGAGCCAUGGCACAAGGAGUGUUUUGUGUGCACCAGCUGUAAAACGCAGCUGGCAGGUCAACACUUCACCUCCCGAGACGACAGCCCUUACUGCCUCAAGUGCUUUGGCAGCCUGUAUGCCAAGAAGUGUGAGGCCUGCAGCAAACCCAUCACAGGUUUUGGAGGAGGAAAGUACAUCUCAUUUGAGGAUCGUCAGUGGCAUCAGCCAUGCUUCACCUGCUCCCAGUGCUCUGUUUCACUGGUGGGCGCCGGCUUCUUCCCUGAUGGUGAAAGGAUCCUGUGCCGUGACUGCCACAGCAACCUAUAGAGCAGUUGUUCACAACAUAUUCACCCUUCCCCUUGACUUACCUUUUUGCCCUUUGUCACAGCAUUUCAAGAACCCAGAGUCAUUACCGAGGAAGGUAACACAGGCUAACAAAUGCUGCCUCUCAGGUCUUCUUUUUUUUUACAUAAAGACAUCAGUUCCUCGCUGUCCCAGUCUGGAUCAGGUUUUCAUCCAGGAGCUAGUGCGCAAAAAUCCUGUGUUGAUGCUGCAUUGUUUGCAUGAACCACCACAAAGAUUUCCUCUUAAACCAAAAAGUUAAUUAUUUUAUGAAACAAAACUUUAUGGAGUGCCUUAAGAAUAACAUUUCUUAUAUGUUAUGUACUAUUAAACCAAAGAAAUGCAAAAUGCUAGUCACUUUGCAAAAAAAUCCUUCAUAUUUUAUAUAAAUAAGUUGCCACUUCAGGUGGAGGUCACGCUCUGAAGAGAAGACACAGAACACUGAUACAGUAUAGAAUAUAAAUCUUAUAUCUUAAGUAUGGUGGAGUUACUGUUUUAAUGCUCUUAUAACUGCAGUUUUAUGCAUUUUGAAUGUCGCUUUUUCUCAUGUCAGUUAUCUCUCUGUAAUGUAUGUCUUGCUUUCUGCAUCUUGAACAAAUUACUGUAUAUAAUGACACAAAAGGAGGUGUGACACUGUUGUAAAAAGUGGCAAAAGGUUAGACCAAUUAAAAAAACAAGAGGAAAAUUUAGAAAAAAAAAAUGAUUAUGCAGUCAGUUUAUGAUCACUAGUCAUUUGCACUUUGGAUAAGAUAUUCUCCUGCUACCAUGUUAUGUGCACAUAAAAACAAUUCAAAGACAAGAUACACAAACCCCUUUUUAAUGUUAUGUAUCUGCUUGUUGAACUUUGCAAUGACACUUAUUUUACAUAAUGUUUCAUCAUAUUUUCUGUCUUUUUCAUUUGUUGUAAUGAAUCUUUUUUUUUUAAAUCACCUUUACUCAAAGAGCCAGCAUUUAUAACCCAAAAGAAGCUGAAAUUAAAUGCAUUACCAUUGUCUAUUGCAGGAGUAUGCAUGUCUUCAUCUGCCAUGAUUUGCCACAGUAAUCAUUUUGUUACUGUUAAUGCUGUUAGUGUUAUGUUUUUCAUUGUUAGUUUUUAACUUGUAUGUGAAAAAGUAUGAAAAAAUACCUAUAUUUCAUUAUUUCAGCUUUGAUGCUGGUGAGUCAGAGUUGGCAAAUAUACAUUUAACGAUAAAGAAAAGAGGCCACGGAGGCAAUAACAGUAUGACCUUACUCUAAGAAAAAAGAUAAUUGAUAUGACUAAAUGCUAGAAUGAUUAGUCUUAUUUGUGAAGUCUUAUUAAAUACAUUUACAUUGA